CAAGGCCUUAAGUGCUUUUCAUCAUGGCUCAAUUUGUGACUCACAUACAGCCAACGCUAUUGGAGGCGUCGCAAGGUCAUGUGCCGCACCAUCAUAGCCAUCAGGUAGGCGUGCAGCACUCGUCGCAUUUGCCACACAGUGGCCACAACAUGCCAUCGCCACCCACGGCACACAAUCAUCAUCAUCAUCAUGGCGGACAUCAUGGCAAUGCCUCAUCGCACCACCAGCAAUCGCAUCAGCAACAACAGUCGCAUCAGCAAUCCCAUCAUCAGCAUCCAGAACAGCAGCAAAACCAGCACCAGCACCAGCAUCAACAUCAGCAUCAGCAGCAGCACCACAAGAAAUCACAUCAUCCGACAGCUCAUGGUGCUGCCAAGACGAUUCAAAGUCCACCCAAGCCGUUGUCCCCGGAGCAUGUGGGCCACUAUGAAUACUUUCAGCAUCAGCAUGAGCUGGUCUUUCAGCAUGGUGGCGCCCCGCUUUGUGGAACGAACAAUAAGCAGCAUCACGAUAAGCAUGAACACUGCCCCACAGGACAUCAGAGUGCGGGCGAUGGUAAUACUUCCUUCCUUCGUGCCGCACGCGCUGGAAAUUUGGAGCGCGUGCUGGAACACCUAAAGAACAACAUUGACAUUAACACUAGCAAUGCGAACGGCCUGAAUGCUUUGCAUUUGGCAUCCAAGGAUGGACACAUACACGUUGUCUCGGAGCUGCUACGACGCGGAGCGAUUGUUGACAGCGCCACCAAGAAGGGGAAUACAGCGCUGCACAUUGCUUCGCUGGCUGGACAGGAGGAAGUGGUGAAGCUAUUGCUGGAGCACAAUGCCUCUGUCAAUGUGCAGUCGCAGAAUGGCUUCACACCCCUCUACAUGGCUGCCCAGGAGAAUCACGAUGCAGUAGUUCGUCUCUUGUUAUCUAAUGGCGCUAACCAGAGCUUGGCCACGGAGGAUGGCUUCACUCCGCUGGCUGUAGCCAUGCAGCAGGGACACGACAAAGUUGUAGCCGUGCUUCUCGAGAGCGAUACACGCGGCAAGGUGCGUUUGCCAGCACUGCAUAUAGCUGCCAAAAAGGAUGACGUAAAGGCUGCUACGCUUCUACUGGAUAAUGACCACAAUCCGGAUGUGACUUCCAAGUCGGGCUUUACACCGCUGCACAUUGCCUCCCAUUAUGGCAACCAGAACAUUGCCAAUUUGUUGAUCCAGAAGGGCGCCGAUGUCAACUACUCGGCCAAGCAUAACAUCAGCCCCUUGCAUGUGGCUGCCAAGUGGGGCAAGACGAACAUGGUCUCGCUGUUGCUCGAGAAGGGCGGCAACAUCGAGGCCAAGACUCGUGAUGGCCUCACUCCACUCCACUGCGCCGCACGUUCCGGCCACGAGCAAGUCGUAGACAUGUUGCUAGAGCGCGGUGCUCCAAUCAGCGCCAAAACCAAGAACGGCUUGGCGCCCUUGCACAUGGCCGCCCAGGGCGAGCAUGUGGAUGCUGCUCGCAUUCUGCUCUAUCAUCGCGCACCAGUGGAUGAGGUCACCGUCGAUUAUCUCACUGCUCUGCAUGUGGCCGCCCAUUGCGGACAUGUGCGUGUGGCCAAGCUCCUGCUGGACCGUAAUGCCGAUGCUAACGCACGUGCGCUCAAUGGAUUUACACCACUGCACAUUGCCUGCAAAAAGAAUCGCUUGAAGGUCGUCGAGCUGUUGCUGCGCCACGGCGCCAGCAUUAGCGCCACUACGGAAAGCGGUCUAACUCCGCUGCACGUGGCCGCCUUCAUGGGUUGCAUGAACAUCGUCAUUUACUUGCUGCAGCACGACGCAAGCCCCGAUGUGCCCACUGUGCGUGGCGAGACUCCAUUGCAUUUGGCUGCACGCGCCAAUCAGACGGACAUCAUACGUAUUCUUUUACGCAAUGGCGCCCAGGUUGAUGCGCGUGCUCGGGAACAGCAAACGCCGUUGCACAUCGCUUCACGUUUGGGUAACGUUGAUAUUGUGAUGCUGUUGCUGCAGCAUGGCGCUCAGGUGGAUGCCACUACGAAGGACAUGUACACGGCUUUGCAUAUUGCCGCCAAGGAAGGUCAGGACGAGGUGGCCGCUGUGCUGAUUGAGAACGGCGCUGCUUUGGACGCAGCCACCAAGAAGGGCUUUACGCCAUUACAUCUGACAGCCAAGUAUGGGCACAUAAAGGUCGCUCAGCUGUUGCUCCAGAAGGAGGCGGAUGUGGAUGCACAGGGCAAGAAUGGAGUUACCCCGUUGCAUGUGGCUUGCCACUACAACAACCAGCAGGUGGCCUUGCUGCUGCUGGAGAAGGGCGCCAGUCCACAUGCCACCGCCAAGAACGGACAUACACCGCUGCACAUUGCGGCGCGCAAGAACCAGAUGGACAUUGCUACCACUUUGUUGGAAUACGGCGCUCAGGCCAAUGCGGAGAGCAAGGCUGGAUUCACGCCACUGCAUCUAAGCAGCCAGGAGGGACACGCCGAGAUUUCCAAUUUACUGAUUGAGCAUAAGGCUGCCGUCAAUCAUCCAGCCAAGAACGGUCUAACACCCAUGCAUCUGUGCGCCCAGGAGGAUAAUGUCAAUGUGGCUGAGAUUCUACAACGCAACGGUGCCAACAUCGACAUGGCCACCAAGGCUGGCUAUACUCCGCUGCAUGUGGCCUCCCACUUCGGCCAGGCCAACAUGGUGCGUUUCUUGCUGCAGAACGGGGCCAACAUCGAUAUGGCCACCAAGGCUGGCUAUACUCCUUUGCAUCAGACCGCUCAGCAGGGCCAUUGCCAUAUUGUGAACUUGCUGCUGGAGCACAAGGCCAAUGCAAAUGCCCAGACUGUCAAUGGCCAGACACCUUUGCAUAUUGCACGCAAAUUGGGCUACAUCAGUGUGCUCGAUUCCCUCAAGUCGAUUACCAAGGAGGACGAGGAUGCCACUGCUACCGCUCAGACGGAGGAAAAGUAUCGCGUUGUGGCGCCAGAAGCCAUGCACGAAUCCUUCAUGUCCGAUUCCGAGGAAGAGGGUGGCGAAGAUAAUAUGCUAUCCGAUCAACCUUAUCGCUAUCUGACCGUUGAUGAAAUGAAAUCCCUAGGCGAUGACUCGCUGCCCAUUGAUGUUACGCGCGAUGAGCGCAUGGACUCCAAUCGCAUGACCCAAAGUGCUGAAUAUGCAGGUGGAGUACCGCCUACCAUUGGCGAGGAGAUGAUCAGUCCGCACAAGGCUCAAGUCUAUGGCAAUUCGCCCAAGGCAACGGUCGAUGGUGUCUAUAUAGCCAAUGGAGCUGGCAACGAUGAGCCACCACAUGUGGGUCGCAAGCUGAGCUGGAAGAGCUUCCUGGUCUCAUUCCUGGUGGAUGCACGCGGCGGUGCCAUGCGUGGUUGUCGCCACAGCGGCGUCCGUAUGAUAAUACCGUCGCGCUCCACCUGCCAGCCGACGCGGGUGACCUGCCGGUAUGUAAAGCCGCAGCGCACCAUGCAUCCACCGCAGUUGAUGGAGGGUGAGGCCUUGGCCAGCCGCGUGCUUGAACUGGGACCGUGCUCGACCAAGUUCAUUGGGCCCGUGGUCAUGGAGGUGCCGCAUUUCGCCUCGCUGCGUGGCAAGGAGCGUGAGAUCAUCAUCUUGCGUUCCGACAACGGUGAAACCUGGCGAGAACAUACCAUUGACAACUCCGAGGAGGUUAUUCACGAUGUCAUGCAACAGUGCUUCGAGCCAGAGGAAAUCGCUCAGCUGGAGGAGCAGGCCGGCAAUCAUGUCUGUCGCUUUGUCACCUACGAUUUCCCGCAGUAUUUCGCUGUCGUAUCGCGUAUACGCCAGGAGGUGCAUGCAAUUGGACCCGAAGGCGGCAUGGUGUCCAGCACUGUGGUGCCACAGGUUCAGGCCGUCUUCCCACAGGGCGCCCUGACCAAGAAAAUCAAAGUUGGCUUACAGGUAAACCUCUUUAAACCACGCAAAGGCGUUGCGCCCGAGAAACUACGCAAGAUCAGCGUCAAUCAUGUGCCCAAAAAGAAGCGCUUCUCGCUCAUUUGGUAAAUCAAGAAGCAAGAUCAACGUAAAGAAAAUUAAACGAUCGAUUUAUAUAGAGUAUACACCAAUAAUCGUGCAUUUAACAUAAAUAGCUUCCUCCAAGUAUAUCAGCCAAGUUUUCCGAAAUAUUACAAGUACGCAUUUAAAUACUAAUUAAUUAAUCAAGAUUUAAUACCGCUCCAAAAACAUUGUAACUCGCGUCUAUGAUAUACACGUACAUAUAUCUAUAUAUAUAUAUAUAUAUAUAUCCAGCAUGAUCAGUUCAGAUUAACUUGAAAGGCGGAACCUAUUAUCAAAUCAAAAUAUUCUACUCCAAUACUAGUAUUUAGAUUUGUUUAGAAAUAUUCCUACUUUAAAUGCCUCUAGUUACAAUAUUACAAUUUUUUUGUUGUUUUGGGGGCUUUAUGUAUAUGUUACUUAUGCUAUAUAUCUAUAUGUGCACUUUGUUUGAGAAUUUACUAGAAAUCACACUGCAGAACUAGUUGAGAAUUAUUUGGUACUCCACGACUAAACAAAGAAAGAAUUAUUUUAGAGUGACUUGCAAUAAUAUUAAAAUACAUAUAUUAAUCUAUUUACGAUGAUUGAUCAUGGAUCAAGCGACUUAUCCAACAAAUCGCAUAUUUUCUUAAACUCUAACAAACAAAUUGUCCAAUCGAAGUAGACAACUAAUAAUAAUACUAAAUAUACAUAUGCCUAUUAUUAUUAUAAAUUAACAUAUUAAAAA